CCGGCUCGCUCCCGGACUUGGCCGCGCCCACGAUCCUGCGAGUGCCGCGGCGGCCGCCGGGGAGGUUUGAAAAAAUGGCCAAGAGAAUUGCCGAGAAAGAGUUGACAGAUAGGAAUUGGGAUCAAGAAGACGAAGCGGAAGAGGUGGGAACAUUCUCAGUGGCCAGUGAGGAAGUCUUGAAGAAUAGAGCCAUAAAGAAAGCAAAACGUAGAAAUGUUGGAUUUGAAUCUGAUAGUGGAGGAGCCUUUAAAGGUUUUAAAGGUCUGGUUGUACCUUCUGGAGGAGGAUUUUCUGGAUUUGGUAGUAACCCUGGAGGGAAGCCUCUGGAAGGACUGUCCAAUGGAAACAGUAUACCUGGCGUCUCUCCCUUCACCAGUGCAAGGGCAGCAACAGAACCCAAGGCAGCCUUUGGUUCUAUUGCUGCAAACGGCCCUACUGCCUUGGCUGAUAAAAAGAUUUCAAAUCCUAAAACUAACGGCGACAGUCAGCAGCCCUCCUCCUCUGGCCUUGCUUCUAGUAAAGCCUGUGUCGGGAAUGCCUAUCACAAGCAGUUGGCUGGCUUGAACUGUUCUGUUCGCGACUGGAUAGUGAAGCACGUCAAUACAAACCCACUCUGUGACCUGACACCCAUCUUUAAAGACUAUGAGAAAUAUUUAGUGACUAUUGAACAGCAACAUGGAAAGAGUAAUUCUGAAAAUGAAUCUAACAAAAUGUUGGUUGAAACUCAGUCUCCUUCCCUAUUUAGUUCAACAAAAUUACAGCAAGACUCAACAUUUUUGUUUCAUGGCAACAAAACUGAAGACACAGCUGAAAAGAAGAUGGAGGUUGCAUCUGAAAAGACAGUGGACUCGUCACUGGGAGCAACAAGUGCCUCAUUUAAUUUUGGCAAGAAAAUAGAUAGCUCUGUUUUGGGCUCAUUGGGCUCUGGCCCCCUGACUGGAUUUUCAUUUUCCCCUGGAAACUCCAAUGUAUUUGGCAAAGAUACUACUACCCAGAGUAAACCAGUUUCUUCGCCAUUUUCCACUAAACCAUUGGAGAGCCAAGCAGAAGGUGGAAGUAAUGAAUACAAAGGUGGAGAUGAAGAAGAGAAUGAUGAGCCACCCAAAGUAGUAGUUACUGAAGUAAAAGAAGAAGAUGCUUUUUACUCCAAGAAGUGUAAACUAUUUUACAAGAAAGACAAUGAAUUUAAAGAGAAAGGCAUAGGUACUCUGCAUUUAAAACCUACAGCAAAUCAGAAGACACAGCUUUUGGUGCGGGCGGACACCAAUUUAGGCAACAUAUUGCUGAACGUUCUGAUUCCAUCUAAUAUGCCAUGUACUCGAACAGGGAAAAAUAAUGUACUUAUUGUCUGUGUUCCAAACCCGCCAAUUGAUGAGAAGAACGCUGCCGUCCCAGCGACCAUGUUAAUUCGGGUGAAAACUAGUGAGGAUGCUGAUGAGUUGCACAAAAUUUUACUAGAGAAAAAGGACACCUGAACACGUGACAGCGACUGCGGAAUUAUUGCCAAGCUGCUGCUUACCCCAUGCCCCUUAAACUUAGACAGUUUCUCUUCUUUGACAUUCUAAGAACUUAUAGAUAACUUAAAACUUCUGUGAGGAAGAUUAAUAUGGCCAAUAAAACCUUUAAAUGUUAAGUGUCAAGAAA